GAUUAUUUGCCAGACAUCGGUAGAAAUGGUUUGGAAGUUUCUGGACGGCUGCUGGCCCCUAAUUUUUCCAAUGAAUUUUAAUUUCCAUGGUCUAUUCUGAAAGUAACAGCGAACGUGCGGACGUGAGACGUUCUGCGUGCGCACGUUUGGAGGAGAGGGAUAUUAAGAAUGCCGGAGAAAUCGGCAAUCAACGAUACGGUUUCAAAUUUUGCUUUCUGAGAAGGUAGGAAAAAAGUAGAAGAUGAUGACCCCUCGAGUACGCUUUUCGACCAUUAAAACCAACGAAAUUGUGUCGUGGGCGGUGUUGCUUUAAAGAAUUCUAAUUCUUUGUACUAUUUUCAUCAAUAAAUAUUUUUAAUGGCACUGAAUAGACGGCGUUAAACGAUAAGUACAGACUUAUUCGAUUUUUAUUUAAGAUCAGUUAUGUCAAAACUGUUCAAUUAAUUCUCUAAUUAAUCUCUGGUCGAAAUGUACUAUUCAAACAUCUAUUUUAUCUAUGUAUCUAAAAAGUAGAAUAAUUCGAAAAGUUCGGCUAGUGCGCUGAUGUUUUCGCGUUAUUAAAAAUGGCGAAAGAGCCGUAGACGAGAAACGGUCGUGCAUGGACGUAACCAUCCAUCAGAUCCGAUACAGCUUUUGUUAGCAGAUGAAUACUUUUCAGGUGUAACAAAUAUCAUUGUAUUUUUAAAACUGUUAUAAUUAACAUUUGUGUACUAUGUUUAUGAGAAGUUUCAUUGUUUUAAACGUACUUUUAAUUGGAUUUUGUGUCAAAGAUGUCGGAAGUUACAAGGUUUUGGGAAUAUUUCCGUUCAUUUCUCCGAGCCAUUUUUAUAUGGGAACGGAGUUGAUGAAAGGUAUAGCUGAACACGGUCAUGACGUUACCAUGUUGACUGUAUUUGAAGAUAAAAACUUACCAAAGAACGGUUCUUAUAGACAAAUUAUCCUUGACAAAGCUUUAGCAGAUCAACAAACGAUGCUCCAAGAAGUAACACAAAUUGACGACAAAAAGAUGAAGACUCCUCUAACCGCUUUGAAGAUGUUCAAUCGCUUCGGUUCAGUUGUAUCCGAAGCGGCAUUCAACGAUCCAAAACUACAAAAAAUUCUCAAAUCGAAAGAUAAAUUCGAUUGUGUCAUCGUUCCUCAAUUUACUUUCGAAGCAAUCAAAGCUAUAGCCGCGCAUUUUAACACGCACCUCGUCGUAUUUUCAAUAUUUCCUGCGAAUACUUUCCUCAAUCAUUUCAUCGGGAAUCCGAGUUUACCUUCCAUUAAUACGGAGAUGGUUUUGGGUUACGUGCACGAAAUGAGCUUCUUACAAAGGUGUCUCAAUACUUUAUUCAGCGUGGCUUUUUAUUUGAACCGACAAUUCAUUCUCUAUCCCGAACAAGCGGAGCUGGUCCGCAAAUACAUCUCCAAAGAUUUGGAUUUAUACAAGAUACAGUACAAUACGUCUUUGUUUUUGAUGAACGCCCAUCCUACGAUUAACACCGCGACCAGCUCAGUACCUAGUAUGGUGGAUAUAGGUGGUUUCCACAUCAGACCUCCGAAGGAAUUGCCGGACGAUUUGAAAGAAAUCUUCGAUAAAUCUAAACACGGCGUUAUACUUUUCAGUAUGGGAACAAAUAUGAAAAGCGCUAAUUUCCCCAAACAAUUGAAAGAUGAUUUGUUCAAGGCAUUUUCUAAAAGAAAAGAGACGAUCUUGUGGAAAUUGGAGGAAGAUAUAACGGUCGGAAAACCUCCAAAUGUGAUUAUUCGGAAACGUUUUCCUCAAUCUGAUAUAUUAGCACAUCCGAAAACUAAGCUUUUCAUUACGCACGGAGGUUUUUUAAGUACCAUCGAAACUAUUUAUCAUGGAGUACCGGCCGUAGCUAUACCAGUCGUCGGUGAUCAGAUUUUGAAUAGUAGAUUAAUAGAAUCCAUGGGCAUGUCGACUACUGUAAAUUUCGCUAAACUUGACGAAGAAAGUAUAAGUGCUGCUAUCGAGGAAGUAUUGAGUAAUAAAAAAUAUGCAGAAAACGCGAAGUUUCGUCGAGAAUUGUACCACGAUAGACCGAAGACACCUUUAGAAGAAGCAGUUUAUUGGAUAGAAUACGUUAUUCGACACAAAGGAGCCCAUCAUCUUAGAGUUAAUUAUUUGAAUCUUUAUUGGUUCCAGUUUUAUAUGUUGGAUGUAUAUGCUUUCUAUUUUGCCGUUAUUUUCUCUAUUUAUUAUAUUAUAAAGUUGUUGAUAAAAAAAUUGUUCUCGAAAAAAAAGACGGUCGGUAGCAAAAAGGAGGAUUAAGACUGUAUUCGAUUUAUGUGAAUAAUUACAGUUAUUUUUUUUUACCAAUUCGUUUUAUUUACCUAAAUCACUUUGUAACUUCAAUGAAGUUACUUCAUAAACCUAUGGAUGUCAAAAUAUUACUAACUCACCGAGUGGUUGUUGAUAUGUUCUUUUUGAUAUUACCGAUAUCAAAAUGUUGUCAGUUGUUCACGGUAGAAAUCCUGAACGUGUCCGGUCGUCAAAUUCACACGCAGUUUGAAAUUGUGCGUUCGCGGUGUGAAAUUGAUAAUCGCGCACGCAUUCGCCUUCGCUUUUCCCCACCACUUAGCAGCCGUUUGUCUCUUUGGGGUUUCUAGGGAAUACCCAUAGAGUUUAACGCUUUUGGUAUCGUAGUUUUCGGUUUCUGGUUGGAUUAUUUAUGUUAAUGUGUCUUGAUGUAUAGUUUUUAAUAAAGAAAAUAAUGUUCAA